ACGGAGUGAUACAGUUUAUAUGGUUAUCAUAUUAUGAUUAUUUGGACACCGGGUUUUAGAUGUCCCCUCUGAAAAGUCAACACUGAAAUUAAUGAUAAUUCUGAUGUAAAAAAAAUCAAAAAUUUAAAUACUGUUCAGAUGUCAAUACUUAAUUGUUCAAAUCGUAAAAGUUUGACUUCUCAAGAAGACCUUGAUCAAAUGAUCUUAGACGUCAUAAUAAAUGCACAUUUACCAUUCAAUUUGGUUUCUCAUGAAAGUUUUAAAACAAUUAUUUCCAAAGGCUAUCCUGGAAGAACUGUAUUAUGUCGCCAGACUUUAAUGAAACGUAUAGAUAAUAGCUAUAAAGUUGCCUUUGAUAAAUUAAAGAACAAGUUGAAUUUGGUUGAAUUUGUAUCAACGACAGCCGAUGCUUGGUCUACAUUUAAAAGAUCAUACUUAGGAAUUACUGUUCACUGGAUCGAUACAGAAACAUUUGAACGCCAAUCUUAUUUGCUAUCUAUAAAACCUUUGAAAGGUAAACAUACUUAUGAUGUACUGGCUAGAGCAAUGGAGUCACGUAUAUUCCUAGGUUUUGUUGCCUCGCGGCUACAACCGCGGACCUCACAUUAGCGCUGUGCACUAGUCGAGAGCCGCGGAGGUUCACGUCCGACGUACGGUGGUUUUACCCACACAGUCCGCCGUCCGCGCGUCGUCUAAGGACCACGAGCACCGGGCGCACACCCGUUCCCACCGAAGUAGGGAGAGAGUGCGCCCGUACCGUCGGCUAAGGCGUGCACGUGCCUUUCGCCACCCUGGUGGGAUCGCGAAGCUAUCCUCAUCGCUUCCCAUUUUUGGUCAUGGGCAACCUCCGGUGCAUAUAGCCCCACCGGUAGGCUGGGUGGGCGCUAAGGAGUUAUCUCACUCGGCAACUUUCCCCUAGACCGAGCUUGGUCUUUUAACCACAUUGUUAGCUCCUGCUGACUGCCACUCCGAAACCAAACCGCCGCCGACCGCGCCACGACCGAGGUCGGGACGGGCCGUCGUGUGAGGGCGCGUCGCCGAUUGCUCGACGUCGCGGGGCUCCCCCACAUCCCGAAG